AUGCCUAUGCAACCUCCGUACCCCAGGGGUUAUGAUGCCGAUGCCAAGUGUAGUUAUCAUGGGGGAGGAGUGGGUCACUCAACUGAGAGAUGUAUGGCCUUCAAACAUAAAGUACAGGCCCUAAUCGACGCUGGGUGGCUGAAAUUUCAAGAAGAUAAACCUAACAUUGAUGAUAAUCCAUUAUCCGGACAUGGGAGUGCCUCGACAAAUGCCAUUGAGGUUAAGAAGCAUGAACUGAUAAGGGAUGCAAGUGAAAUCCGAAGUUCCAGAAGGUUUAUUUUCAAGGAAUUAUUGAAGUUGGGAUUUUUAAACGGUGAUUAUGAUUUGGGAAAAGCAUGUGGAUUCCAUCCAUGCGCUGAACACUCUAUCGAUGAAUGUGUUGAAUUUGAAGAGUUUCUGCAAGAUCUGCUUGAUAGAAAUUUGAUGCAAGUGUACUACGAGGAUAAGGAUGAAGAGGUGUUUGCACAAACCGGUAUGGAGCCUGAUGUAACCCUGCCAGAGCCGUUGGUAAUUCGUUUCACUCGGACCACCCCUGCACCAGUUAUUCAAGGAAGACCGUCCGUCGUCAUCCAUACACUAGUUCCUUUUCCUUACAAGAGCGAGAAAGCUGUUCCUUGGAGGUAUGGAACACACGCAUUCGAUGAAGGACAAUGUGUUGAAAGUCAAUUCCUCGACCAAGAUCCAGUUAUUGAAAAUAUAUCAGGCAUCGGCGGAAUGACAAGGAGUGGUCGAAUCUUCACGCCACCAAACCUGAUGGGAGAAGGAACUAGCAAUAAUGAAGCACCGGUGGCCGCGAAAGUUAAAGAGCUCUUAAAGGGGAAAGGGGUGCAGGCCGAAGAGACCCCCGACAAGGAGGACAAGAAAGAAAUAUCCGACGAAGAGGCUGGAGAGUUUUUGAAAUUCAUACAACAAAGUGAAUAUAAAGUGGUGGAACAAUUGAAUCGUAUGCCAGCCCGGAUCUCUCUGUUAGGAUUGCUCAUGCACUCAACCUCCCAUAGAAAACUGCUGAUGAAGAUACUGAGCGAAGCCCAUGUAGAACAAGGUAUUUCCCUGAACAAAUUCGAGGGCAUUGUUAGCAACAUCACUGCUAAUAAUUACCUCACCUUCACCGAUGAGGAAAUGCCUGCUGAGGGGAGAGGGCAUAACAAGGCUCUCCAUGUCUCCGUGAAAUGCUUGGACCACGUCAUAGCGCGCGUGCUGGUGGACAACGGAUCCUCCCUGAAUGUCAUGCCCAAAACGACACUGGAGAGGUUACCUUGUGACGGAAUGCAUAUGAAGCCAAGUUCUAUGAUUGUGAGAGCGUUUGACGGUAGCAAGAGGGAGGUCAUGGGCGAAAUAGAGUUGCCGGUCCAGGUUGGCCCAUGUGUCUUUCAAAUAACCUUCCAGGUCAUGGACAUCCUCCCAGCCUAUAGUUGUCUAUUGGGUCGCCCAUGGAUCCAUUCUGCGGGAGUUGUACCUUCCACACUGCACCAGAAAUUGAAAUAUGUCAUGGGAGAUAAGCUGGUGAUAGUUUCUGGAGAGGAGGAUCUCCUUGUGAGUGGGCCAUCCUCCGCCCGUUAUAUAGAAGCAGCCGAGGAAGCUCUCGAGACAGCUUUCCAAUCAUUGGAGAUCGUGGGAAACACCUAUGUGGAACCAUUUCCAGUAAACCCAUAUUUGUCACGUGCCUCUAUCAUGGCGGCCAAGGUCAUGCUGAAGGAAGGCUAUAAGUACGGGAGCGGUUUAGGCAAGAAAAGGGCAGGGGCGGACAUUCCAAUUGGAGGUGGUCGAGAACAAAAACAGGUAUGGCCUAGGGUACAAGCCCAGCAAGGGGGAUAA